AUGCUUUCAUUCCAGAUGGUUUGGGUCAAGCAGUCUCAGUACAACUUCACCACUUUUUCUGACGCAUCGUUUUCUGGUUAUGGACAAUGUUCAUAUGUGCGUCUGAAGACCACAGAUGAGAAGGUACACUGUGCCUUAGUCAUGGCGAAGGCCAGAGUUGCCCCAUUGAAGCCUGUAACUAUACCUAGACUGGAACUACAAGCUGCAACAAUUUCAGCAAAGGUUUCUAAGGUUCUUGAGACAGAAAUGGGCUAUAAAGACAUGUCACAUCAUUUUUGGACGGAUUCCAAGGUAGUCUUGGGAUAUAUAAAGAAUGAUACAAAGAGACUCAAGAUGUUUGUCGCGAACAGGGUUCAACGAAUUAGAGAAGUUUCCCAGCCAGCACAGUGGAAAUAUGUUCCAACCACUGUUAACCCUGCAGAUCAUGCCACACGUGGUCUAACAGCUGAUGAAAUCGCCAAAUCCAACUGGCUUACAGGCCCUAAGUUUUUGUGGGAAACGGAGGCUUCACCUCAGACUGCAGACAUUGACUUGGAAAUCCCACCAGAUGAUGUAGAGGUCAAACCAACAGUUGUACAUAUUGUUAGAAACUUAGCAGAGACAAACCUUAUCAGAGUUAUACAGCAAGAAGCAUUCAAAGACAGUAUACAGAAUCUCCAGAAGAGAUACACUUCUAGUCGUAGAGUAGAUUCUCUAAAGAACCUGGACCCCUUUCUCGAUGAGAAUGGUUUGCUACGGGUGGGAGGCAGAUUGAAAAGGUCAGCCUUCUUAUAUGGAGUGAAGCAUCCAAUUUUGUUGCCAAAGAGAAACCAUUUCUCAACAUUGGUUGCAAGUCAUUAUCAUGACUGCAUAGGUCAUCAAGGUCGAGGCAUGACUAUCAACGAGAUUCGGAACCAUAGAUACUGGAUUGUUGGGUGUCGUUCGACAGUGUCGUCCCUGAUCCAAAACUGUGUUACGUGCAAAAAACUGAGAGGAAGAAGAGUGACACAAAAAAUGGCAAACCUCCCAGAAGACAGGACAGAACCCUCUCCACCAUUUACCCACUGUGAACUGGACUGUUUUGGACCGUUUAUGAUCAAAGAAGGACGAAAGGAGCUGAAGAGGUAUGGGUUAAUCUUCACGUGUCUCGCAUCAAGAGCUGUUCAUAUUGAGGUCUUAGAUGAUAUGUCUACGGAUUCGUUCAUCAAUACAUUGAGAUGCCUUAUUGCCAUUCGAGGAAAGGUCCUCAUGAUUCACUGUGACCAAGGAACCAACUUUGUUGGUGCGAGUCAUGAAUUGAAGGAGAAUCUUAACAAGUUAAACAUUGAUAGUAUCGCAAGAAAACUUCUCCCCCAAAAUUGUGAGUUCUUAUUUAACACUCCUUCAUCAAGCCACAUGGGCGGAGUAUGGGAGAGGCAGAUCCGGACUAUCAGAAGUGUCUUAGAUGGAAUCCUGAUCCAGAAUGGAACCCAGCUGGAUGAUUUGGAAGACCCUAAUGGACUCCUUUCUCUAUCGCCAAACAAUAUUCUCACAAUGAAGUCUGGAAUUGUCACCCCUCCACCUCCUGGAGAUUUUGUGAGGGAAGAUAUAUAUGCGAGAAAGAGGUGGCGCAGAGUCCAAUAUCUGGCUAAUCUGUUCUGGACAAGGUGGGAAAAAGAAUAUUUGUACAAUCUUCAGUCAAGGAAAACCUGGCAAGGUACCAAAGAAAAUACAAGAGUUGGUGAUAUAGUUAUGCUAAAGGACGAGAACAUCUUUCGCUCUGAUUGGAGGUUAGCUAAAGAGACCUAUCCCUCUAGUGAUGGUCUUGUGAAAAAGGUAAAGCUACUAAUGGCCACUCCGAACUUAGAUAAAACAG